AUCCCUGAUGUUACAAGGUUAAUUCACUGUGACUCACUCAACCAGGUUCUCUAAAUCCUUCAGCCCCGAACUCCGUAUUAUAAGGAUAUGUGAUGUUUAUUUGGGAUGAGAGGCACAACUAGACUUCCUCAGAGGAAGAAAAAAGGUGUCAAUGAAAACAGCACUCAAGAAGCUUUAUGACAGAAACAGGCCAAUCAAAAUGGGUGCCAGGCACUUCAUUUAACUAAAACUGCCGUACAUAAACACAGCAGCCAUUAUACUGACAGAGUUGUGAGCCGUGAUUUCUGGCUACAACAGCCGGGGUCACGUGGUUUGACCUCGGUGAUGGAUGUUCAAUCAGCCCCACAUUGGUGCCGAUGCUCAGACCUGGAGCCAAGAUUGAAGAGCUCAUCUCUGGGCAUGGUGCACUUUAUAGGGACAGAAUCAAUUCACUUCUCCCCGUCCAAGAUUCUCCCUCUAUUAUUCUUAGGGAAGUAAUUCAUGUAAAAGAAAAGGACUGAAAGUGCCAAGAACAUCCCGUAAAUAACAGGUGAUAGACAACUUUCUCACUCUGCUGGCGUUGUAUCUGUCGUGUUGAUGAAGGGCCGCUAGCCACGGAUCCAGAUCGUCAUAUUUCUGUCAGCCACUACAUGGCCCCUCUUGCAAAGGACGGUGGUCCAUUGACGAAAGCCAUGGUGACUACCUAUUGAUUGAGUGCACUGGGGGGGGGGCCCUCCUCCCACAUCUGACAGGAUAAAAGUAUAGCUGGGAUGGACCAAAGGCAGUGGAUUUUCUGGGGCAGGUUGAGAACGAGUUGACACCUACGGUAAGCACUUCUUUGGGACAGCUGCUUCGCUGAUAUGGACAGUUUUGUCUCUGUGAACUACUGGCUGGGACUGCUAGCGUUUCUGCUUCUACAAGGGGUAGUCAGUGUGGAGGGAAGAAGCAUCUUCAACCCUGGUGAGUCUGCUGGUUUGGUGAAUGAAUGUGUAUGCCGUUUUCCCCCCACAUAUUCAGGAAACCAUGUAUAUACCCAAAGAGGAGACACAGACGCCCAAAACAAGAUUCUAGCGUUGUUGCUACAUAGAAGCUUAGAACCUAUUGAAAGAAAUGACUCUUUAGGUUUAGAGUUUGCCAACAAGCUAGCGGAGCUGAAGGAGAUAGAGGCUUUGAAGGAGGACUUGGAGCUGGAAAGGGAGCUCUCCUCAAACACACUAGCGGAGGACAAGUCCAUACUGCGGAAAAGGGUUGAGCCCUGUUUCUGGAAGUACUGUGUAUGACAGUACUUCCAGGAGUGCAGUACUGUACGUGCAGUACUGUCCUACUUAGAGAGGAGCCUCUGAGUCCCGCUGCAUUGCCCUAACGCCCCAAAGACUCAACACGCUCACAGACAACAACACAACUCACCCAUUACCAAGUGUUUGAAUGUUGUAGCGUAACUAAUAUGCCAAUACUAUAAUGUACUCAUUCAUCACUGUGCUGUAACCUCUGCGCUGAUGUCGCAAUAUCGGGCGUCUACAGGUGUUUAUAAUAGGUUCAAUGACGGUUGAGUCUAAAUCAGGGUGGGCAUAAGUGACAUUUUAUUUGUGUUAUUUUGCCUAAUUACCUUGUAGUGCAUAAUUACCUCAAACGUCCAAAAUGACUUGAUCGCCAGUUCAGUACUGGAUGUAACGUUUCAGAUGCUUCUCUACAGGACGCCAACUUUUGAGAUGACAAGGAGUUAUCAGCAUUUCUCUAAGAGUGAAAGGUAUUGUUGUCACAGCCUAACAUCGUCUGGUCGCUCUGGAUAAGAGCGUCUGCUAAAUGACUUAAAUGUAAAUGUAAAUGCUGACAAAGGACUUGGUCCAUGUUUCCACACCCAGAGUUACUGUCCUCUUCUCAACAUGUUGACUUUGUCUUCCUCUAGUGGUA